AUGCAUCGCUCCACCUUCCCAAUCCCCCCUCACCCGCGUCCCCACAAUCGCCUCUCCGCUUCCGCCUCCGUCUUCUCCCCGCGCGCCACCUUGCAGGUGACGGACACGCCAAUUCUGGACCCGGCGGGGCAGCUGGUGGGGGUGAUCGGCGUGUCGGCGGACAUCAGCGACCUGAAGCGCAAGGAGGGCGAGAUCCGCGCGCUCAACGCCGCGCUGGAGGAGCGCGUCGUGGAGCGCACGGAGCAGCUGCAGCGCACCAACGAGGCGCUGCGGCGAGAGAUUGAGGAGCACCUGCGCGCGAGGGAGCACCUGCAGCGAUGCAUCGAGGACUUGGAACAAUCGCGCAGCCGCAUAUCGCAGCAGUCGGCGGUGCUGGAGCGGAUGGUGGCGGAGCUGCGCGAGGCGCGCACGGAGGCGGAGUCCGCGAACCGCCUUAAAUCGCAAUUCCUGGCGUCCAUGAGCCACGAGAUCCGCACCCCCAUGAACGGCGUGCUCGGCAUGACGCGGCUGCUGCUGUCGACGCCAUUGUCGGAGGAGCAGCACGGGUUCGUGGACACAAUUCGCAGCAGCGGCGACGCGCUGCUGGCGAUUAUAAAUGACAUAUUGGAUCUGAGCAAGAUCGAGGCGGGCGAGCUGGAGAUGGAGCACCGCGACUUCGACGUCACUGCGUGCGUCGAGGACAGCGUCAACCUGCUCGCGGUGCGAGCCAUGGAGAAGGGCAUCGAGCUUGUGAGCGAGGUGGACGACAGUGUGCCGCGAGUGGUUAGGAGCGAUGCAGCGCGGUUACGGCAGGUGCUGGUGAACAUAAUCUCCAACGCCACCAAGUUCACACACACGGGGAGGUGCACGUCUCCGUCUCCGCUCACUGCCUCGGGGACCAAGUGGAUACACGGGGCGGGCCUGGGGCCGGGCGAGGUGGAGCAGGCGCUAUCUGCGGGGUACCGGUGGCACCGUGUGGUGGUGCGCGUGCGUGACACAGGCAUUGGGAUCUCCGCGGACCGCCACGACCGCCUCUUCAAGCCGUUCUCACAGGUGGACGCGUCCACAACAAGGCAGUACGGCGGCACGGGGCUGGGGCUGGCCAUCUCACAGCAGCUGGUGGAGCUCAUGGGCGGGCGCAUCUGGGCGGAGAGCGCCGGGCUGGGCCAUGGGGCGACCUUCUCCUUCUAUAUCACUGCGCUCGCCCUGCCCUUCCGCGCGCCUUGCUCGACUCCCGGGGGGGCUGUGGCUGUUGGGUCGCCCAUGCGCCGUGUGCGCCCUGAGGGGCCCGAGGUAGAUGCUGAACCGCCGGGGACUGUGUCUGGAGGGAAGGCAGGUGAACGGGACUCCACUGCUCCCAAGCUGUUGUUUGGCCGAGCCGCCACUGCCAGCCGCGCCACCACCACCACCACCGCCACCACCGAGUUCAUGACAGGGGAGCAGUGUGGGCGUGACUCUAUCCCCCCCCUGCUCUCACCGCGGCGCUUCGCCCGCAGUGCGUCGGUGCCGAGGCACGGCCGGUCCACGUGCAUGGCGGUGCGGGGCGUGUCCCACCCGUCCCCCUGCAUGCCCGCGUGGCUCAUCGACUCGGGCAAGCGCCGCCGCGUGGACGGCGCACUAGGGGAGGGGGGAGUGCCUGGUGUGGCGGAGGAGAGUGUGGGCGCGCUGGAGGUGGGGCUCAGCAGGGUGGCCCUGCUGGGGGGCGGUGGUGCGGGCAGGCGGGAGCAGGGCGCGAGUGAUGGGAGUGUGGCGCUCGCUCAGGGAAGUGGAGACGCCGCAUGCAUGCUGCUAGACACGACUGGCAUCGCCGCCCCCAUGGGUGGCAGCGUGGCACGAGACCGCUGCCCGGUGCUGCAGGCGGCAGGCGAUGGUGGUGGUGGCGCACGCAGCGACACGUGGCAUGCUGACGAGGCACCUGCAGGGUCUGGGCAUGAAAGUGAGCGCGGCUGCAGGGGGAACGAGGCUGACACGCUGCUGCUGGCGCAGCGGGUUGGGGGAGGCGGGGAGGAGGGGGAGGGCAUCAUGCGAGGGGAUGGGGAAAGCGGGAUGAGAGGCGGGCAAGAAAGCGGGGAGCAGAGGGAAGAGAGCAUGGGAGUGGAGCAACAGGGGCGCAUAUGCGAGGCGCGGUGUGGCGGAUUUGAUUUGAUUGUGGUGGAUUCCCGGCUGGACUGGCUGCCAGUGCAGCGCUGCAGCAGCAGACAGGGGGAGGAGUGUGAUGAUGGGGAGUGUGGCAGCAGCAGGUGCAGCGAGGGAGACAGAGGGGGCAUGAAGCUGGUGCUGCUGACGCCCUACUCUGGCAACGUGCAGGGAGGGGCAGCUGGUGCAGUGAAGGGCGGGAUGACGGGCGGAGCGAAGGGGGUGGCGGAUGGGGCGGCGAGAGGGGCAGGGGGCGCAAGGGAGUGCGGGGCAGAGCGAGCGGGGUUCAGAGUGGGACUGGCGGACGCACACCCCCUCCGCAUACUGCUUGCGUACGUGCCAUGGGUGGCGUGCUGUGGGGUGACAAGCGGUGGCAUGGGUAGAGUGGGGUGCCAUGGGGUGGUGUGGCAUCGGGUUCCAAGGUUGAUGUGUGGUACCAUUCCCUGGGUUGGCGUGGGUAGGGAGGACAACGUGGUGAAUCAGAAGGUGGCGACCAAGAUGUUAGCGCGCAUGGGAUACGAGUGCACCGUCGCCCACAACGGCCACGAGGCCAUCCUGCGGUUACAGGCUCACCCCUUCGACCUCGUGCUCAUGGACGUGCAGAUGCCAGAGCUGGACGGCAUAGAGGCCACGCGCCGCAUUGUCUCGCAGUGGCCUGAGUGGCGCCCGUCGUGCCCGCGCCCACCCAUCUUUGCGCUCACAGCCAACGUACUGGAGACGGACCGCAUGCGGUGCCUGGCGGCGGGCAUGGAGGGCUUCAUCGCCAAGCCCAUCCAUGUCCACGACCUCGUCCGGGCUGUUGAGUUCGGCAGUUCCCGCCGCCGCCAGCAGGAGCGGGAGCAGCAGGAGGAGGGGAAGGAGCAGUGA